UCCGCCAGUGACACGCGGCGCAGCCUGAGGUGGACUUACGUACCCUUUACGCAGAGGACGCACUCGGACGUACUCCUUACAACAGCCAGCCUUGAGUUUCGUUAUUAUUAUUAUUGUUGUUGUUUUUUUAAAAAAAAAAAAACGUGUUCUCUUAAGAGUUAAACAAGACAAGAAGGGACGCCAGAACUCGCCGAGAUGCCGUCCACGUGUCACCAGCUGCUGAGCGUGCUGUUUGUUUUCUGCAGCCUGCAGAUGGACCGGCUGACGGACGGCUGCACGUGCUCGCUGCUGCACCCGCAAGACGCCUACUGCAACUCCGACAUCGUGAUUCGCGCCAAAGUGGUGGGGAAGAAGAUGAUGAAAGACGGACCAUUCGGCACCAUGCGUUAUACCGUCAAGCAAAUGAAGAUGUACAAAGGAUUCAGCAAAAUGCAGCACGUCCAGCACAUCUACACGGACGCCUCCGAGAGCUUGUGCGGCGUCAAGUUCGACAUCAACAAGUACCAGUACCUGAUCACAGGUCGUGUGUACGAAGGCAAAGUCUACACGGGCCUCUGCAACUUCAACGAGCGGUGGGAGCGCCUGUCGCUGGCCCAGAAGAAAGGCAUCAAUCACCGCUACCAGCUGGGCUGCAACUGCAGGAUUAAACCUUGCCACUACCUGCCCUGCUUUGUGACCUCGAAGAACGAGUGUCUGUGGACGGACAUGUUGUCCCACUUCGGUUAUCCCGGCUACCAGUCCCGGCACUACGCCUGCAUCCAGCAGAAAGAGGGCUACUGCAGCUGGUACAGGGGCAUAACCUCCCGGGACAAAACCACCAUCAACGCCACCGACCCCUGAGCAUAAGGCCUGACUGACCGACUGACCGACCAACGCACCCCUCUCCGUCCUCCUCCCAAGCCCCAGAGUUCCCUCUCAUGUCUCCCCGCCAUCCCCCGAAUCACCUCUAAAGCGGUGGUCUCCAACCGUGUGCAGUUGAAACCUGAGGGUCGGCGUUUUUUGUUGUUGUUUUUAACUCCGACUAAACACCAACUACAUCUAAUUUCACUUAUUUGUCCUCCGCCCCUUUUCUGGCUGAAGAUGUGCCAACUGGUGACACCGGUUUAUUUUUGGGUUGGGAUGAAAGUCGGCGUACUCUUGGGCCUCAAUGAAACACAGUAAGAAACCACCACUUUAGUGUCCUGCAGGACUCUUUAAACUCACUGGCUUGGGUGACAGUUCCUUUAGGGAGCCGACAGAAACCAACAAGUAUAUAACAGUGCCUGUCUCAUAGCACUUCUGAUAUAAAGAAAAAACCAAUACCUUUACGUUUUCGUUGUUGUUGUUGUUGUACAGAAAGCAUACAUCUCGGUUUUGCUCCGCUUUUCUUUCCCCUGUGCCGCCAAUCAGACACAAUCCUUGCACCAAAAGGUUAAUUAAGAGCUCACUGUCGCUGAAAAAGGUAAUGGAGGUGGUCUCAUAAAAUGCAUACCCCUUUGAAAACCACCUGAAUACACACUGAUGAGUGAGUUGUACAGGGCGAUAAAUGCGCGAAUUGGAGAAAUGGAGCGACUGACCGUUUGCAAAAUAGUGAUCGAUACAGCGAUCCACCAAUCAGCUCGAAGCAAUCAGCUCCACCUCCUCCUGCAACGGACACUGCGCUGAUACCCCACCAAGAGCAACGGAGGCCAUCUUAGACACGACCUAUGACAGAUAACGCUAUAUCCGUAAAAAGAUGUAACGGAAGGAAAAGGAAAUGGUGGAAAAAUUGUAGUUGGGUAAAUUAUCUCUGUCAGUUAUCUUGAGAGCUUAUUGGACACAAACGGCAACUGAAAGGAGGCGGGAUUUGGGGAAAUUUUGCGAACGGUCAAUUGCGGAGCACUGAUGUUUAACUCAAGUUAUGUGCACUCCUGAAGAAUAGUAACUCAGUCCAGGAUACAAGUGGAGUGCCAACGAGAGGCAAGAUCUCUGAAGGCCACGUCUCUUGUUUAAACCACAAAUAAGGUGUUUCCAAGGGUUAUAAUGGUAUUUAAUAAUAGUAUUGUUUCACAGUGAAGUAUAUAUAAAUAUAUAUGUUUAUUAUGUUCACAGUCUAUACUGUAACAUGUCUAUUUAUGGAUGAUAUAGACUCUCUGCCCUCCCCGAGUGUUUGCACUGUAAAAGCAUUUUGGCUGGCGUUGGCUAAACAUGUGAUUCAUGGCAGUGAAUCAAUCUGAACUUCACUCUGUUGAUUGUCCGAGAAACAAGAAUUUUAAAAAAAGCAACGCGCCCUAAUUAUUUAAAAUUUAUUUUCAAAAAACAGUCAAAAUGUUCAUUACAGUACCAACAUUGGGAAUACUUUAUUCUUUAGCAGAGAGAUGUUUAUUUUUUUGCUGUAUAUGACAUAAGCUACGAAAAUGAACUCUCCACUCAGCUGAAACCUCUGUUACACUUAUUAAUCUGUCAAUGGGAUAAGACAAUUAUCUAACAGCCAUUACCAUAUAUAUAUAUAUAUAUAUAUAUAUAUA